AUGGCCCUGAAAGGCUCACAAUGGAUGAAAAAAGGGGCAGGCAAGGGGAAGCGGCCACCGCCAGCAGCCAAAUCUUCGGCACGGAGACCAGCAAACAAGUCCUGGCCCAAGGUCCAAACUUACACCGCUCCAGAGGAGCCUAAAGCCACACACAUGGACGUCGACACAUUUCAGGAGCCUUUCCACAAGAAGCGCCUGGUCUUUGAGGCACGAAGCUGGGCCGAAAGGCUGGCACAUGCGCCGAGGAACACAAACCUUCCGGCUUCGGAGAUGCUACGCGGCUUGGGCCCGGAGGACGAGCUGCAGGAUUGGCUUGCAAGCCUGCGGGGAUCUUCCCAAGUACCGGGCUGGGUGCAGCGGCCAAUCGUAGAGGAUGUCGAGGUUCGCGUGCUACGUUUGUCAGGACAGACUCUGAGUUUCAGCGUGGCAUCUGCAGAGACGACACGAGACCUCAAGCAGCGAAUUGAGCUUGAGACGGGAAUGCCACUGGAUUGGCAGGUGCUUCUACUUGAAGGUGAUGACUGUGCGACCAUCGAGCUAAUGGACGACCUUCCGGUGGGUUCAUACUGCGAUGGAACAGAGCUACAGUUGAUCCUGCAGGCGUUUCAUUGUCGAGAAAUUUGCCUGGCAGCUGUCGAUGGUGCAGGGAAAUAUGGGGCGAUGUUGCAGCUCUUGGAAUUCGGCGGUGAUCUCGCCUGUUGCUACAUCGGGGCCUUGAGCUUCCAGGAUACCAGCUUGAGAGACUUGGCCCUUCAGCUGUUGUUGAAGGGCUUACCAGCCGCGGAAGCAACUCGAUUGCUGGCACGGGCCUUGACUUCUGGGGACGAGGAGCUGCAGCGCAAAGCUGCGAUGGCAAUUGCACGAUGGUUUUAUUCAGACCGCGCAAACCUCUCCCUCUCCCUGCAAGAGGUUGCACAAAACGAGGCCUCGCUCAUACAGAGUCUGAUAGAGCACUUGGAGCGGCGCAGCAAACUGCCUUCAAAAGGACGGCCAUGGGAAGGUGGACCAGCCAUUUUCGUCAACGAUGCCUUGACAGCAGCGAGGGUCACGCUGGGAGGUUACCUCACAACAGCUCGGCGGUUGAAGCCUGGUUGGAUGUAUCGGCAGCUGAUACCCAUGAGCGGAUUGGAGAGUUUAGAAUCCACUAAGUUGCCACAAGUGGCUGCUGAAAGAGGUGUCUCGCUGGAAAUGCUUAAGUCAUGCCUGGAAUUCAAUUGGGUGAACAAGAGCGGCAACUUCCUCUGUGCAGCAGUUCCUGAGCCAAUGUUCUUGACAGUUAGCAUCACAAACGUCUCGCAUUUUCUCCGAACGAACCCCGACAGCGGCAUUGCUGAGAAAGAGGAUGCAGACCUGUGGGCCGCUGUGGCAGAGCUCCCGAGACUUCCAGCCGAGCACACGCGUCUCGCGUUGGAAUGCGCAACCUUGGCAGCAGGCCCCGGACAUCGCCGUACACUGGAGGCCGCUUGCUGGCAGGCUGGGCACGCCGACGCUGCUGUCCGCGAGCAAGCCAUGGAGGCAAUCCAGCAGUUGGCGCAGGCCUCCGACCUGCGGGGGGUCCAUGCGCUGAUGGAUACAUGGUGGGGUACUGAUGCGCACGUGCAGAGGAUCCGGCGUGACAUUGAUCGCUUUUUUUCGAAGUAG